AUGGAAUCGGAUCGAUUGAGUUAAUCUAUCAAAUUUGAAAUAGAACAAAAAUAAAUCAAAUAAAAGGCUCAACUCCUGUCUAUCAUAGACAAAGAGUUGUUAUCGAUCAAAGAAAAGUUAGCCAAUCAAGUCUUCGAAGAUAAUAACAAUAUACUGAAAUACAAUCUUAAAUUGCUCCAAUUGGAAAAAAAAAAUGCUGAAAAACACGAUAUUAUGGUUGAAUAAGAAAUGAUUCUCAGAAAAUAAGCUACAAUAGUGGAGAAAUAAUAAAAGGCUUAAGUCUAAAAUGAGUAAAAGGAAAUUCAACAAAUUAAUAAGGAUGAUAAAGAAGAGAUAAGCAUUACUUAAGAUUUAACUGUUGAAAUAGAAGGGUUAAGAACAAGAAAUUUAUAUUUAUCUCAUAAAUUAUCUUAAUUGUUAUUCUACUUUGUAGAUUUGCAAUUAUAUGAUAAAGAAUUUGCAAAAUAAGUUGCGCUUGAUGAUUUCCCAAUUGAUUAGCUUUACAAACCGAGUCUGUCACAACCAAUGAACUUGUUUUUAAAUAUAGAAGACAAUGAGAAAAAAAAAUUAGAAGCAAUUAUUAAAUCAAAAGUAUCUUUAUUAAAUAUCAUUUGGAAGUCUUGUUAAAAUAAUAAAAAAUAGAAAUUGAACAAGAAACAGUUAUUUUUUUAAGACCAAAGCACAGAGAUAAAACCUGAUUAAUAAAAAAGGACUGUAUUUACAUACGAAGACGAACACUUUGAAGAUUAGUAGUACUUAGAACAAUUAUCACAACUAAAAAGAGAUAAUCAACCGAAAUGCAAAACAUUGAAUGAUAUCAUAUUGAAAAAGAGAAAAUAUAGUUUUGAUACUGCAUAGCCAGCAUUAGAUUUUUAUAAAUUGAACAGAAGAUUAAUAGCAGAGAGAUUCCAAUAGCCAUCACUAUAAUUUGUAAAUUACUAAAAAUUUAGAAUUCACUCCUAGUCAAUUAAAAAUUAAUGA